CGGCAUUUCUUUUCGGAUUCCGGGAAGUAAACUACACGUUUGUGAAAGUAAUUAGUGCCUCAGUGUUAAAACAAUGACUUACUCAAACGUGCAUCGCGCUUUUUUGCAGGCCUGUUCUAAUCAUGGCACUCUCAGCUCUCAACAGGCGUACGAAAUACUUAUUGGUAUCUACGCGCGGUAUGGAGAAACUGAAACCGUUCCCAAAGAAGAUGUCGUUGCGGAGGUGGUGUCGGAGAUAAACUCCCGUAUCUAUCCGUACGAUCAAAAGAUUGCCUACAUGCACUACGAUCCUACCGAUACGGACUUUUACGUGUUCGUCAGCCUCAUGGAAUCUCCGAUCGACCUGCAGCAGAACAAUUACACCGUAUCGGAGCUGCACUACUUCCGUGCCCUGCUGCGAGAACUUACGCUGUCCGAAGACCAUCAGUUACCCUCGAUUGCGUGCUUGAAUCUCACCAACGAAUCGGCCUCGGAAGGCAACAAAGCACUGUCGAAGCCGCGUGCAGAGCAACUUUUGAGCGAAUGGGAAGGUCUGGGGUACUUUCUGGUCCUUCAAGACAAGUGUUACUUUGGCCCGAAGGCGAUCGUAGAGUUCGACAAGUACCUCAACACAAACUAUGCCGAUGUGAUAACACGCUGCUGUCUCUGCAAUGUAACGAUAUUUUACGGCAUCCGUUGCGCGUCGUGUCCGCAGAUUCUCCACAAAGACUGCCUGAAAAAGUACCUCCGACGGCUCACCAACUGUCCCUCGUGUAAAAAACUUUGGUCCGUUCCUGUAUGAAUAUUCCAUUGUUCCAUUCCCAAUGUUACUUUAUUUUCCCAUACCUGCGACAAUCAAUGUUUUAAAAAAAUAUAACAAAUAACAAAAGGAA